UACCAUUUCAAACAUGCAACAAAUGUUGCAAAAUUUUUAGCAGGAAUAGGGUUAAAGACUUGAAACAAUAUAUUCGAUAUCUGAAAGUCAAGUUAAUUAAUUUUAUUUUCAAAACCAGACAACAAUUUGUAUUUUGUCCUAAGGAGCUCGAUAGCUUUAGGAAAGAAAAAUGAUUGAUAUUAUUGAAGACCCUGACUUCACAACUGUACGAAGAAAAUCAACAAUUAGAUCAAAAGAAAAACAAAACUGUCUAACAAGGCAGAAUUCUUCUGAAAUAUUGAGAAAAAAGUCGCAAACUGGUGUUUCGGCAUUUUUUAAUGAACGAAAGCAUUUUCAGAUUCUCGCAGCUGAAGCAGCCAAUCUUGGUCUCUUUACAGUUGGUUUCUGUGCAUCUCUUUCGUCGUUUGCUAUACCACAGCUUCUAGUGGGGGAAGGGGGAGUGCAGUUAGACGAGGAGGAAUGUUCUUGGUUUGGAUAUUCAACUGGGAGCAACUAUGUGUCAGUUCCAGUGUUUGUUGGAGAAAUUUCACACCCAUCAAUAAGAGGAUUCACAGGGAGCCUGUUUAUCAUUAACCGCAAUAUUGGUUUCACAGUUGCCAUGAUACUAGGUGCUUCACUUCCCUGGCGAAUUGUUGUAUUGAUCUCAAUGAUACCUCCUUGCAUAUCUGGGGUUCUUCUCCUACUAAUGAAAGAUUCUCCUGCCUGGCAUGUUAGAAUGGGUAAUGAAAAGGAUGCAAUGGAAUUCAUGAUGUUCUAUAGAAAAGACGAGACGACAGCUUGGAUAGAAAUCAAUAAAAUAAAGGAAAAUGUAGACAGACUUUACAAAGAAAAGGAAGCAGGUGGAAGCUCAUCUAUGCAAAGAGUAAAACAUACCGUAAGACGAGCAGUACACCCGAGUUUUCUAAAACCAUUUCUUUUACUUAAUCUGGUGAUAGACAUCGGUAUAAGUUGGGGCGGAUUUCCAGCACUAGAAUACUACAUGCAUACAAUAGUGUCGGAGAUUCAUGUGCCUUUUAACCAAUACUGGGUCGGAGUUCUGAUUACAGCAUACGGAGCCCUGGUUCCAAUUGUUCUUUCUUUUGUGUUGGAUAAAAUAAAAAGGAGGCCAUUGUAUCUCUUUUCUGGUGGUUUGGUUGCAGCAGCGCUUGCUAUUCAAGCUGGUUAUGCCUGGGGUAGUCCAUACAUAAACCCAGAAAUCAAGGAGAAAGCCAACUGGAUUCCAUUCCUGGCCAUUCUUCUACAGUUUACUGGAUACGGGUUGGGAUAUGGUGUUAUUGUAUUUAAUCUCCAAGGAGAAAUACUGCCCUCAGACAUGCGAAGUUUUGGUUCUGGACUGCUCGGGAUUUUAGACAAUAUUUCUCUAUUUAUUGCUCUGAAAACAGUUCCAAUUAUGAUCGGCAGUAUUGGAGUUGGAGGGAUGUUUUCUACCUACUUCUGUUUUGUUAUUCUAACCUUGACAGUGGCCUACUUUAUACUACCAGAAACAAAGGGGUUGAGCUUAGAAGAGAUAGAAGAUUUGUACAGUUCAAGAAAGAAAGAAGCCCUUUUUGAAUAAUUUUGUGAUCUUUUACCACGAAUAUAAAGUUUCGUCUAUACUGAUUCAAAAAUAAGAUUUUAGUUACUAGUUUUAUAAAUGACUGGAACAAUUUAAAAUA